AGAAGUAAUUUAUUUAAGAUUAUUUCAGGAAAUGGAAGAUAAAGUGACUAGUCCAGAGAAAGCUGAAGAAGCAAAAUUAAAAGCAAGGUAUCCUCAUCUGGGACAAAAACCUGGAGGUUCAGAUUUCUUAAGGAAAAGAUUACAGAAAGGGCAAAAAUAUUUUGAUUCUGGGGAUUAUAACAUGGCUAAAGCAAAAAUGAAGAACAAGCAACUUCCUGCUGCAGCCCCGGAUAAGACAGAGGUUACUGGUGACCACAUUCCCACUCCACAGGACCUUCCUCAACGGAAACCAUCCCUUGUUACUAGCAAGCUGGCUGGCUGAUUAAAAGAGCUGAACUGCAUGAAUCUUCUAAUUCCUAUUAUUUUUCCUUGAUAUGUUAAUUCUCUGCUUUUAUUUCCUUUCAUUCACUACGUCAUUUGAGAGUGACAGGUUUGCAGGUAGCGGUAGUAUAUGCUGCUAUUGUAAGGGAAUAUACAUGUGUAGAGUUUUGAUUAGUUUUAACAGUGCACUGAUGAAAAGAAUAUGUUAGAGCAACAUAACGUAAUCUACUUGAAAAUAAUUGUAUAUAUUACCUAACUCUUAGUGUAAGGCUGGUUCCAACAAGUAAAAACAGCAAGUUUUAAAAUUUCAAUGUUUUGGCUUUCCUUAAUUAUAUCUUUGUAUAUGUUACUCUUAUGUAAUAUAACCUCUGUUGUAUUGAUUUCUUCUGUAUUUUACCUUUGGAUUUUGUAAAACAGAAGUUUAAGACCACAAGUUGGAAGGGAGGUCACAUAUUUCAAACAAAUAGAGGGAAUCUAAAAGAUUUGUUUCUCUGUGCUUGAGCUUGAACGGCCUUAAACCUGUCUCAGCUUUAAUGAUAGAAUUUUACUUGGGCAAUAUUUGCCCAUUCUGGUGUAACUUACGUGACUCUAGUGCUUAACAGCUGCUGUUGAAGCUAGUCAUCUUAUUCAGUUCUGUAGUGUUAAAAUACUUUUGUUGUUGAAGAUGUGAAUGGAGUGUGCAUGUGCAUCGACUGUUGAAUUCACUUUUGUGCCAUUUUUGUAAAUACAAUAAUUUUGCACAACCUCUCACAAAUGUCUGUAUUAAUUUCACAUAUUAAAACAAAUGAUGUGCCAACCAGAAGCACAAGAGUUCCUACGUAAAACUCUGUAUGUCAUUAGAGCUUUUGUAUAAUAAGAGCAGUUUACAAUUUUGGGUUUAUGGAAUACCAAACUGAAAUCUUGCUCAGUCUGCCAUAGAUAAGCUUUUUCAUUUGUUACCGAUAUUCGUGACAUUCAGUGGCCUUGUGCAAAUAUGAUAUGUUGCUUAGGCAUAUCUUUUGUCCUAUGCAGAACAUUUUAUUUUGACUUUUAUGAAAAUUGCAAUUCAUGUAAUUUAUAUGACUUUUUUAAUGUAGAAAAUUUUUACUUCCAGUCAAAUUUGGGGGCAUUAAAAUAAAAAGCUUCGGUGUUCUGCUUCCUGUGGCCCCUCCCUCCUUUUUUUCUUACUUUGACUCAAAUCAUGUUAGGCUGUGCUAUUUCAGUCUGAUUGCAAGCAAAGUGAUUUAUAUCCUUUUAAAUUUGCUGUGUUUCAUAACACAGUGAAGUUAAUAUUUCUCAAUUGUUAACCACUGUUAAUCCUGUAUUAUUACUAAUCACCAAUUGUUUAAAUAAAAAACUUGAUCAUGAAACAACAAAUACUUGAGAUACCUAACCUAGGAACCUAUGUCAAGAUAAACUAAAUUUGAUAAAUUUAAUGAUGAGCUAAAGUGAAGUAGGAUUGUGACAAAGUAAUUUACUUCUCUAAAUACCACUUUAAUAAAAUCAGUUUUACUUGUCAUUUACCUAGUAAGAACUUUGAUUAACAGACUUUAUUGAUACAAAGUCACUGCUCUUUUAGGAGCUUUUCCCACUGCAAAGUGCAAUAGCAUGAUAAUGAGAAUCAGUAGCCUGAAAUGAUAACUAUAAUUCAUCUUUGAUUUGGAUAGAGCCUCCUGCCCUUUGGAUCCAGGCAUCUUUUCUGAAUCUUGGCUCUAUUUGUAUACCUGCUUUCCCUUGACUCUGAAAUUGUUGAGAUGGUGCCUUGAGCAUAGCACCUGCACUUGUAAGCUGUCUAGUGCUCUGAGGAUUUUAUGCUAAUAUAGUAUGUUCCACCCACACUACGAAAUUAUUGUAUGCUAAUUUCACUUUAAUGAUCAGUUACAUAAAAAUGUACUUUAAUGGGAGCAGGAAGUUAUUCCCCAAUAUCUCUGUGGGACUUUGAAAAAUAAGAUAAUCAAAAGCAGAAUUUCUGUAAAGCCCAGUCUUUUUAAAUGAAUAUUUGUAAGCUAUCACCAUUAAAUUCACACAUCAAAAAAAGAUAAAAAGAUCUGAAAUACAUGUUUUUCUUGACUGUGAUAGGACACCUACUGUGGUUCAGAUAAACUCUGAGUUUUAGUUUGUAAAAUCCAUUGUUAAUAUAUAACCUACCUCAAAACUUGAGGAUCUGUGAUAUACUGAGUAAGUGCCCAAAAUGUUGUCUUUUUAUUAGAAGUGAAUUUGUUCAUUAAACCAACCUGCCUUCUGUAAAGUUACAGUGCUUAAAAUCUCAGGAUUUCCCAUUUGGAAAGAUCUAUCAUUAAGGCUUUGUAGGUGAGUGUUUAGCCUCCAUUAUUGGUGCUUGGAAUAGAGAGGUUUUAGAUUUUCUAAUUUUUGUUCUGCCUCAAAGUCGAGUUUAUUGAAGAUGGGUUUUGUAGGCUGUUUUACCAUUGUUUGAUUAGAGGAGCUUAUAGGCUGUGGUUUUAGAAAUUACUAAAUUUAAUCAUCUUACUCAAAAUGUGUAAUAAACAUCAUAUGUCAAGAAAAUUAACUAAAGUCUGACAUAACUUUGAUACUAGCUUGUGCUUUCUUAUACAGUUUUAUGAAAGUUUAUGAAGGCUACAUCUAAAACAUUUCUAAUUCUUGGCAUGUUGGGAGAGUUCAGAUUGUUGGAUUGUUUUGAUUGAUUUGGAAGGAGUGUGUUUGUAAUCUAUGUGCAAGUUACCAACACCCUCCUGCUGCUGACCUAAAAUUAAGUCUUAACUAGUCAUUGAAGAGGACUGGUAAAGCCUCUGUUAUUCAGCAGUUGGAACUAGCUGCUCUUUUUACUUGAUGUAUCAAAACUAUACCUCUGAAUAUUUAUUGAUCCUUUCUGUUAAAUCACACUGUUUUUAACACAAAUGCAUGGUUAUAAAAUCUAAGAUGAAAUGUAAUUGCUACUUAGAUUUCUGCUCUAACCAUAUUGCUUGGUGGUCCAGGGGCAGGUAACCUCUGCAAAGAGCACAUCUGAGUGCAAUGAAAGCUGUUCCUCUGGCAGACUUAUACAUUCCCCAAACUCAACCACAUUUCUUCCAUUUUUCAUUUGCCUUAUUUCACUUAUUUUAUCUCAUCCCCAUGCUCCUGGUUAUUUCUUAAACUCACAACUGGCACUGAUUACAUGGUAUUUAGGGCUGAUGAAUUAUCAGUCCUUAAUAUCCUUCCUAAUAUGUAACAACUAAGGCACAUUUUAUUGUUCAAAAAUACGGUUCUAAUCUGGAUAAUGUCUAAUAUGAGUCUGAUUUAGUUCUACAACUGAGCAUGCACUGCCAGUCUUUGCCCAUACACCUUUUGCCCCCGACACCCCACCAUACUUUGUAAAUUUAGGAUCAAAGAAGUCUUGCUCUGGAAUUGUUAAUCUAGGCUUUAAAAAUGGAUUUUAGUUUGAGCAUUUUAGGUCAGUCGGCCUAUGAGAUUUAUUCCGUAAAUAACUGGUGAUCAUAAUAACCAUCUGUUUGUAUUAUGUUACUAGUUAAAUAGUACUUGGAAGACACUAUUCCUUUAAUACACCCUCAUCUCUGCAGUAGGACACAUUGGCUGUAUUUUUAAAAGAGACAAGAGUAAAUAACCUUUUUUUGUUGAAAAUGUCUUUGAGUUGGCAGUUGAUGCUGAAAUUUGUCAAAUAGCCCCUUCAAAAAUUAUACUUAUGAAAUAUACAAAAAAAUAAAUUGAUCUACUUAAUUUCUAUUUA